UUUGACUCGAGGUGUUUGACGCAAGUUUUGGACGCCGCGCGUGUUUCUGACGGCUUCAUCGAGUAGGGGAUCGACUGCAGGAUCGACUCAACCCAACUCUGCUUGCCCGUCGAAUAUCCGAAACGUACCUACUAUGUUCCGAAGACCAGUAGACGUGUUUCUAUGUAUGUGUGUCUCAUGUUGCCAACGAGAGAGUCAAGUUUGGAGUACACCAGUUCUGUAGUCGAUCCACUGCGCGAAUUCAGAGACGGCAGAGAUUCCGAUGGCGCGCGCUGGCAAGACCUACAUGAUCACGGGCGGCGCGUCGGGCCUCGGCCUCGCUGCCUCGAAGCUGCUCCACAGCCAGGGCGCCAACGUCGGCAUCCUGGAUAAGAGCGAGGAGGGCGCUGAGAUCGCGAAGGGGCUUGGAGACCGCGCGCUUUUCUGCCAGACCGACGUCACGGAGGAGGCUUCUGUCAGCGGUGCCGUCGAGAAGAUCGUUGCACAGUUCGGGGGCCUGCACGGCGUGAUCAAUUGCGCGGGCCUGGGGAUGGCACUGACCACUCUCGACAAACAGUUGAAGCCUCACAAGGCCCAGGUCUUUGACUUCAUCAUGAAACUCAACACGUACGGCACAUUCUACGGCUCUGCACACGGGGCCAGCGCCAUGGCGAAGACCGCGGCGGCCGAGGACGGAAGCCGUGGCGUCAUCAUCAACGUGGCGAGCGUGGCGGGGAUCGAGGGGCAGAAGGGCCAGCUUGUGUACUCCGCAUCCAAGGGAGCGGUGAUUGGGAUGACCCUCCCCAUGGCGCGCGACCUCGCCCGAUACGGUAUCCGUGUCAUGACCAUUGCGCCCGGAAUCAUUGACACUCCGCUGAUGCAGAUGGCUGCCCAGAAAGUGAAGGACGGCCUGCUUGCUCAGGUUGCAGCGCCGAAGCGGUUCGGUUUGGCAGAAGAGUUCGCCCACUUGUGCACCUCGAUCAUCGACAACGGGUAUUUGAAUGGCGAGGUCAUCCGCAUGGACGGCGGUAUCCGCUUUGCAAACUUGUGAGUCGUUUCGUUCCGGACGUUUCACCAGUAUGUUUGAAACCAUCUUCGCCCCCCCAUGUGUUUGCUGUUACGGCCGAGCAUGAAGAAGCCGAGCCCUGGCCUCCGCUCUGAGGUCCGCUCGCUUACGGGCCUUGCUCACUGACGCCCUGCCUGAGGCAGGCUUGCCCUGCUUGCGGCACGUGUGCCCCACUCGCGGCGGCUGAUCGCCGCGCGAUGGGCAGGAGAGGGCCUCUCAGUGGGGGAGAACGGCUCCUGCCCAGCCCUCCGAUCUCCAGAUGCCUUCCAGUGCAAGGUUUGGGGACUUCUUGACCCCUUCCAGGGGACCGGCAUUCCAUCCUGUGUGGCCCUCGGAAAGGUCUUUUGUCCUCUCGCGUGUCCUGUCCAAUCGAGUCCGACUGUAGGGCACGUGGACUAUCAGCGAGGGCCCCCGUCUCCAACCAGAAAGCGGCGCGCUCCGACGCCCGAGCGGGCGGCACUUGCGCCAUGCCAUGCGUCAGGGGCCAUCGCGCACUGCACCUGGGCGGUCGGCGGCGGCGGCAGCCGCGCGUCUCCUGUCGGGGCCCCCCGAGGGGUCUGUUGUCCUCUCGCGUGUCCUGUCCAAUGAAGUCCUCUCCGACAGCACUGCAGCCUGGGGAGCUUCCUCGACGGCCCGAGAAGCCCGCACACGGCCCCCCCCCGAGGCCGAGAAGGCGACGAGAGAGACGCCUCCGGCGCGUACCGCGCUCUCUGCAGGGCGGCGUCGGCGGCGCCUCGGCGGAGGGCCGGGCCUCGGCCUCGGCGACUCCUCGGCACUCCUUUCGGCGGGGCCGCUCCGCGGGGGCGCCCCCCGCAGAGGCCGAGAAGGCGGCGAGGAAAACGCCUCCGCCGCGCGCCGACGCCGCCUCUGCGGCGGCGGCCUCGGCGGCGCCUCGGCGGAGGGCCGGGCCUCGGCCUCGGGCGACUCCUCGGCACUCCUUUCGGCGGGGCCGGUCUGCGGGAGCGCCCUCCGCGGAGCCCCUCACAGUCGACCCGCAGAGGAAGCAUGGGCCUCCCUCCCAAGGGUACCCUUGCAUCCUUGCUUUUCUGGGUCCCUCCCUGG